AUGGCUCAGUUGUUCGUGCCCCUGAAGAACUUGGCGGCUGCGGGCCGACGAGCCGUGCAUCACCGGCGUGGCUCGCCCUUGGCAUCGCCGGCUUCCCGCCGUCACCUGAACCUCUCACCGGCUGGCGGACCGCGCGCGGUGGGGCUUUACGCACAGCCAGUCAAGCGGGCGAAAAACGUACGUUGGCAAGAAGGUGUACCCGUCCGCGUGAAGCCGACCACUAGCAACCUGCGCCCUCUCGAACGCCUCAGCAAACGUCAACUCCGCGAAGGCGACGGCGGUGACCCUGUGACAUCUGCCCUCCUUCAGUGGGACCAUCAGUGGCGCCUCUACCUCGCCAAGUACUACACCGAAGAUAUGGUCCUACUCACCCAUUGCACUCCCGACCACCCCACCAGUCUCACCAGCUCAAACGGCAGUCUCGCCAGCAACGCCAGCCAGACCGGGAACCAGCCCUCCCAGGCCGGGGGCCUGGCCGGUUCCACUAGCAGUUUCACCACCCCCGCCGGCGCCGGCGUCGUGGUGAAUAAGCACUACACGUACUCCAGCGCCGCUUCGUACUCUAGCACUGCCUCGUACUCUGCCAGCCGCAGCGAGGGCGACCUCGUUGUGCUCAACUCCGAGAUUGAAGGCAUCCGCCGGCUCCUCGACCUGUAUAGUCAAGAGGCCAACGGCUGUUUGACGCUGGAGCCUGAAGAGGAAUCAGGCGGGGCCACACCCUCAGGACUCUCGACUAGCGAAACCAACGUGUGGAGACUCGCCCGGCGCGAACGCGUGCAUCAAAACGUACUCCGUACACUCGUAGACCUCAUGCUGGGCUGGACCGCCGUCGAGCGCUGGAGGUGGAAUCAUACCGAUCACAAAGCCCUCACCGUCAAACUCAACAACGGAAUCGUGCUCGAACUACCCGGGGUCCCCGUCUCGCUGAGCAACCAGGAAGCCAUCAACCAAAAACAAGAACUUUUCCUGGACUUCGUUGACCGUAUUGAGGCCUUCCAGAGGAAAUACAAGUCGGUCGGCGACGGAGUCAAAAGACUCAGGAAGAAGGUCAUUAGGGGAUGGAAGACCAGCGGAAAUGUGUCAUUGGUGACCUAUGACGGAGAUGCUACUCCGCAUCCUAAUCUCCUCAAAGAAACAUGCGUAAUUUAG